CCAGAAAGGUUCCUGCAGACAUAUCAAACAGGUAGCAAUGAAAGAAAGAAACGAUAUAAAACUCACACCAGGCUUCACUGAGAAAACAUUCUCACAUUUUUUUCUUCAUAGGGCGCGAACAAAAUUAUGUAAUUGAGAAUCCAGUCCGUAUUUUACAGAGGCAGGGCAGAGCUUAACUGUACGGACAUGUUUGGACAGACAGUGGGAUGGCUUUAAGUCUUUUCCCAGGUAGUUCCUCCUAAUACUUGAGUAAAGUUCAGACUGCAAUGGCAACAGAUUCCCCUCUUCUCCUGGCUGCGGUGACCCUUCUAUCUGCCUUCCAGAUGGGGUACCUGGCCCGCAGAGUUGGAUGGUCUAGAAUGGCUCACAAGAUCCUCCCUCCUGUAGUCUCUGGUCCUCCAGAGUUUGAACGAACGUUUCGUGCGCAUCAGAACUGUGUGGAGUUCUACCCCCUGUUCUUGGUGAGUCUGUGGACCUGUGGGAUGUUCUUCAGCGAGGUGCUAGCUGCAGCAACAGGUUUGGUCUACAUGGCGGCCAGGCAGCUCUACUUCAACGGCUACACCCAGUCCACCAAGAAAAGGUUACCUGGCUUUACCUGACCCUGGCUGCACUUCUCACCCUGUCCGUUCUGGCUGUGGUCGGAAUAACGCGCGGACUCCUGGACAAGUACUUUUACACCCCUAUCUAAAGAUUUACAUCUGUUUCAUGUGAAGAAGAAAAGGAUUGCAAAUAUUGUUUUUUUAAUCACAUAGCAAUCCUGUGUUCUCCAAGUGAAUAAUCUGUAGACAGAAGCUGUUCUGGUUCAUCUGAGUAAUUAUCAGUAA